GAUGCGCGCGCAUGUAAGUACGGCUAUUCGUCGUCUCUACGCGUUGCGAGUUGCGAGCUCGUGUUAGACGUCGGAGGAACGUAAAUGUUGACAGAUAAUUAAAGUUACAACAAAAACCAUCGUCUUAUUUAACUUUUAUUGUAAAACGAAUACCUUCGUAUGUUUUUGAAUGCACGACAUAUCGAAUCAUUUCGGAAGAGUCGCAAAUUUCUUUUAUAUAUUUUCGUAAGACUAUGGAGAAUGAACAACGGCAUUAUGAAUUACGAAGUGGAAGUAGAUCACGUUCCAGAACUCCUUUGGUACAAAGUAGCACCACCACAAUUGAGCCAGAAACUUUAGAGCAUCAUUAUCACUUGAGAAAUCUAAGUCGAGAGAGGUCUCACACUCCUGGAGAAAUUGCAAAUGUUAAAAGACCUGGUAGAAUAUUAUCUGGUAGUAGCAGUAAAACAAACGACCAAAAUGUGGGAACUAUAACGGAGACAGAAAAAGAAAUUGUCACAGUCGAUACAACGUUGGGGAAUAAAAGUAAGCACAUUGAAAACUCUUCGUUCUAUAUGAAAAAAGGAGAACGUCGAUCUGAACGGCAAAAAGCAAAAAAGAAAAUAUUUGCAAAUGGUCAAAACGAUAACAAAGAAGAUUCGCUUAUAAAUAAAAGCGAAAAAGACGAUAAAAGUAUCUUUCUACAUAGGACUUUUACUAGUGACUAUUCUUCAGAGGAAACAGAACAAGAAGAUACCCCGCACAAACCAUGUUCUGCACAUGAAAUCUAUAAACAAGCUGGUGAUUGGUGGGACGUAUUUCCUAAAACGGAUUACACCUAUUCAGAAAAGUCCAAAUGUCGUUAUGAAAUAGCACCAGGUAUACUGGCAAUGCCCAAUAUGUCCCGACGCUCCAUCCAUUCAAAUACAGAAAAUUCUAAUCAAUUUUUGUAUACUCCGUCUAAGAAUGAUAUAUGUGAAACAACAAAUAUUGAAAAAGAGAAACAAACAAAAACAGAGAAUUCUACUCUCAAUGAAUUUUAUGGAUCACAUACACCGAAAUUAGAUAAAUCCAAGGUUCAAUACACAAAGACGCAUGUAGAACAAUACUAUCGUCACAGAGAAGUAAUUUAUGCAGAACCUAGUAGUUUAACGAAUUCACGAUCAAGGCAAUUGUUGCACUCUGAUUUAUCAUUAAAACGUAUGAAUUCUCGAAAAUGUGGAAUCACAUCUGCUAUUGAUUCUGACGUUGAAUUAGAAGAAACAAUUUCAAAAAACUAUAACCAAAGAAACAAAAUAGUGCAGCGAUUUAUGAGUUUUGUAUCGAUUAUUGUUUUAUGGUUUAUAAAAUUCCUUGAAUUUCUGAAGCUGAAGACUGUUAAAAGAAGAGAAUAUUACGCCACUUACGAAUAUGAAUCUAAAUACUCGAAAAUCUGGAAAUAUGUCGACCAUUGUUUGCAAUAUAUUUAUCUCUUUAUGGUUAGAGUGUUCUUUUUCGAUUCGUGGUUGUUGAGUCAUGUAUCCAGUACUAGAAGAUGGAUACACCAGAGAAGCCCAAAGAUGUUUUGGGUUGCUUUAUUGCCAUUGCUUCUUCUUACUGGUUGGUGGUGUUUACUACACUAUUCAACUUUGUUUCCUCUCACCAAAGUAAUUACACAGCAAUUUGGAGUUGGACAGAAGUUAAAUCCGAGUGAUAAACCAUUAUUUUUAAAGUGGGAAAUGUUUAGGAAAGAAGAUAAUUUUGAAUCGAUCACCGAAAAAUUACACAGUAGAAUCAGUAAUUUAGAGGAUCGAUCUAUCGAACAGUCUGAUCGUCUUUUCAAUAUAACUCAGUCGCUUGAGCAGCUAAGGGAAAAAGGAUAUGUUUGGUCAAAAUAUGAUAACGAGAUAUUAUUGUUGGAAAAGAGAAUGAAAGAAUAUAAAUUAGAUAAUAUAUACUCUCAAGAAAUUAAUAUCAUUAAAUCACAGUUGGAAAGACUGAAAGAAUUUUAUUCAGAAUUAAAAUCGUGUUGUAACACGCAUACAAAUCAUAUUAGUAGUGAAGAUUUGGAAAAACGAAUUCAAAUAGUUUUUACUGAUUAUUUUGAUACUUUAAUGUCGAAAAGAGAAAAAGUUCAAGAUAAAUCGUGGAUUGUUAACGAUAACGUUGUAACGGAUGACCGUGUGCGCGAAAUAGUUAAGGAAGCUAUAAAAAUAUAUGACGCGGAUAAAACGGGACGCGUUGACUAUGCUUUGGAGUCUGCUGGUGGUCAGAUCAUUAGUACACGUUGUACGCAAAGAUACGAUACAAAAACUAGAGUAGUCAAGUUAUUGGCUUUUACCCUAUAUCAUGAAAAUAAUAAUCCUCGUACGGUGAUACAAGGAAAUCCAAUACAACCAGGUGCUUGCUGGGCAUUUCAAGGCUUUCCAGGAUAUUUAUUAAUUAAGUUGCGAAGUUCUAUUUACGUUACUGGAUUUACUGUGGAACACGCACCGAAAUCAAUUUUGCCUAAUGAAGAAAUGAGAAGUGCUCCUAAAAAAUUUAAUGUUUGGGGUUUUGUCGAUGAGAAUGAUUCUGAACCAGUAUUGUUCGGUGACUAUGAAUUUGCUGCUACAGAUGAUAGUUUGCAAUACUUUCCAGUUAAAAAUACAACGAUCAAGACACCAUACGAAUAUGUGGAAUUAAGAAUACAUAGUAAUCAUGGACAACUUGAAUAUACAUGUUUGUAUAGAUUUCGCGUACACGGAAAAUCGGUCUAAAUUAUCUUUCACUGAAAAUUCAAGUGCAAAUAUUUCGAACAUUGUAGUAAUUGUAGUAAGAAUGAAUUUGCAAUUUGAUUCAUAUCAGAUAGUAAAGAAAGCAAGUGAAUGAAUGAAUGCGUGAGUCGAUAAUGGAUAAUGGAAAAUGGUUUGAAAGGGAAGAAAAUUGAACGAGAAAGUUAUUGCAUGUUGUGCCUUCAAUUACUUGAUGUAACAAUAACCACUGCGAUCUAGAGAGAGAAUUAUUUUAUAACGCAACAUAUAUACAAAGUGAAUGAGAUGAACGUUACCUUAUCACACAUAGACAAUACAAGCCUAUGUACAUAGAGUCGAUUAUUUAACCAUUCUCUUUUUUUGUAUUGAAUGUUUGUGCUCUUUUUCCACAGUUUUAUUGUAGUACAAGCACAAAUGUAACAAUUUCUUUCAACAAGAUACGUACAAAAAGAAAGAACACAAGCCAUUAUUUUGAAGUAUCGAUUAGAUAGAAAUAAGAAAUAUGAGUUGUUAUCGGAGAAAAAGCUCGGCAUUUUAAAUAUUAUCCAAAGUUCAAUACCAUUACGUUUGUGAUAUCGUACAGUUGUAUAAUUCACGCGAAAGUACAAAUUGUA